UUUACCUUUAUCGGAUUGGUAGAGGGAGUUUGGGAAGCAAGGUUCAUGGAGUUUGGAUAAGGUUUGUGUUUAAUUAUGUGGCGGGGAGAGAAUGGUCCACAGGCUUUCCAGGCCCCGGUGGAUGUUCACGCCAGUGCAGAUGGCCAGGUGUAUAUGUUCAGGAGGAAAACAAAUGAAUGUGCUGCAUCUUCAGAAGAUGAGGAACUCAGUGUCAUGGAGUUGAGACCACGGUCUUUCCAGGACCAGAAGGAGGACAGACUUAAGAAUGUCCAGCUGCUGGAGCGGGAAGUGUUGGAUGAUGAUAAUCUCAACAAGCUUGCACUGCAGUAUGGCUGCAAGGUAGCCGAUAUAAAGCGGGUGAACAACCUUAUGCAGGAACAAGAUCUGUUUGCACUGAAAUCCAUCAAAAUACCAGUUCAGAAACACAGCUUUUUAACUGAGACUUUCUCAAACCCAGAUGAUCCUCAAGAAGGGAUGCACCAUGCAUCUCAGACACCAGUGAAGCCUCAGAACAGAGCAAGAGCCCAGCCACAUAUACAAGAGGCCACGGACUUUCUAAUGGAGAUAGAUAACGAUACUGACAAACUCAUUCAAACCACAGUUGAUCAAGAUGAGGAUUUUUUGGAUAACUCACAGAAACCACAGUUUGGUUUCAAAGGACAGCGUCUGACCAGUCAUGGUGCCGACUGGGGAAUCAACUGGUGGAACGCUGUAGUUGCCAUGCUCCUCAUAGGCAUUGUUCUGCCAUUAUUUUAUGUGAUUUAUUUCAAAACCAAAAAAGAUAGCGGAAGUGGUGCUUUACAGCCAACCAACAUAUCAAAUGCCUCAGAAACAAGCUUCAGCACGAGAGGGCAUAAGGUUUUUCAAGAACCAGGACAGUGGAGGCCUUGAUUUCAGAAAACCUGAAACAUCUUUUAAGACUUUUCUCUUUGUGGUCUUGGAAUUGGGUGUAGAUUACAAUGGUGCGAUGUCUUUCAACGUUUUAACUCAGUGCAAUGUCUACCUUCAUGUGAAAUAUCUGCAUACUGUUCUAAUUUAUAUCACAGUUUAGGGCACCAGCAAUUUAUAAUUUUUUUUUUUGUGUAAAAUUUGUUUUCACAAAAAAUUACUUUUCCUUUUUAAUUUAUCACAGUUCCUCAGGCGCUUCACUAAUUUUGAACAGUUAUUAUAUCCACUGUGAACAUAAUCAUAUGAUAAAGCUUGAACAUUAAUUACAAUAAUACAAAGAAUUUCUCAGAGGAAAAACUGUCACAGUCUGCUUUUACACCACUGGAUGAGGCUGCAGUCUCAGAAACCAAUGCUCAGGUGCCUUAAACCUGCAUUCUUUUUAAUGUCCAGCAGGGGGCAACUCCUAGUCGCAAAAAGAAGACCGAAUGGUUAGAAGUUUAUGGGAAAAUUACCCUCCUGCUCACUUGAUUAUUACCUCAGUGGACACUUUCUAAUGAGUUUAUGGUCUCAAUCACUAAUUGCAAAUCUAGAAUAAUAAUAAUAUAAAAAGUAUGAUGUAGCUACAUGUAGUGUCCUCUGUUUCUUGCUCAGAUCCAUCACUCGGUAGUUCAGCAUUAAGUAUUUUCUAAGAGACAUUCUUCAGUUGGCUGUUCAGUUUCGAUGCAUUGUUUAAAGCAUUAGCUAAGAAGCUUCAUCCAAAUAUGUACACGUCUGGGUUCAGAAUACCAACAUGACAAAUCUUCAACAGGUUUGCAAUACGUAGACGAUAUCAUGGUGAGAAUGUUGAGUCUGUGGUUAUCAGCAUCAGGAUGUUGUCAUACUGGUGUCAUAUAUUUUAUGGCAUAGUAUGGACUAGUCACAAUUAGUGUAACAUUUUUAAGCUUUUACCAUAAACCGUAGAAGGGUCAGCUGUAUUAUUACAUAUGGCCUAAGCAUUAUAUGUGUGUGUGUUCUCAUUUAAUCUUUGUAUCUGUUGUCAUUGUUUAGUUCUUGGCAUGCAGCUUAUGCCUUUUUUCCUAGUAUUGCUUGUGCCAAAAGUGUGAAUUUGUUUACAUUAACAGUAUAGUGCAAUAUACUUUGUGUGAGCUCAUUUAACAUUAACAGUUUUUACAGAACAGACUGCCUGAUUUAUCUGCCUUAUUAAGUGCCUCAAACCUUCAUUGUCAAGUUUUUAAUUGUCUUUGCAGGCGUUCACCAUGGAAGGGUGAUGAAUUUGCAUGGCUUAUGCACAUUUUAAUAGAUUUAUUUUUAAUUUAAUGAAACUGGACAAAAGUAUUGAAUAUAUUUUUGAUGCAUUUUUAAGUCAAUUUGAUGGAAAACUGACAGGUGUGCAAGACUUUAUUUUUGCAUGUUCCAGUGUUUGAGUACAAGAUUGUA